GCCAAACCUGUAUGGUCAUCUGUUUUUUUCCAAUUACUCUUCAAUGUUAAAUCAAAAGUGCAUCUGUUAAAUUUAGAUUGUUGGGCAACACAUUUAAUUUAAAAUGUAUCUUCACAAAGUUAUUCUUCAAACCAAUAACAGGACAUGCAUUUCAUAUAUUAUUUUUUUUCCGGUAGGAUAACAUUUAAUGCUCCAAUGAACUCCAACGAAGUCAACACUUUCCAAGUUCCUGAUAUCUCCACUAGGGGUGUUAAUAGUUCGGAUUUAAGUCUUGGUAACAGCAGCACAGAGAAUGAGAAGGAGACCUGGCGCAGCGCUGAGAACCCCAGAACCACCAUCCUACUCUCGUUGCUCUAUUUGGCACUCCUAACUUUCUUCGGCAGUGCAGUUCUUUUGGCAGAGAUGCAUCGCCACAGCCAACAAACCCACAAUGUACAUGGCUUUCUCACCAUACUAAUGCUAACCUCUUCAACUUGGAUGCUUUGGUUCGGUUGGACAUCUGCGAAAAACAAAAAAAUUAAGAUGUACCAAGAUCACCAGGCUGGAGCCAACUGGUUGAAGGGUGGACUGUGCCUCUUUGCUUUGGCCACACUGGUGCUGGACUGUUUAACACUUGGAUAUUACCAUGAGCUACAUCAGUGCACAUCCAUAGUGGUGACUUCGUUUCCCAUUGUUCAGGCCGUAUUCACAGUUAUACAGGUCUCUUUGCUUUCAUUUUAUGCCAAAGUAUGUAUUCAGGAAAAACAAUCCCUAAACAGGUUCGGUCUGAUGCAUACACUUGCCACAAAUAUAUUAAUGUGGAUGAGCGUUGUCCUUGAUGAGUCUAUGAAACAGCUGGAAGAAAUUUAUGACCUUCAAAAAAAGAAGAUGAAUAUCAUUGAAACUCCUGGAUGGUAUACAAACAGUUGUGUCUGCACUACAGACCUCUGCCAUAUCUUCUCUGAAGGAGCAGCUUACCUGCACCCAUUCAAUAUUGAGUUCAGUCUCUUCUCCUCUACAAUGCUGUAUGUUAUUUGGAAGAACGCAGGAAAGACAGCCUAUAUUCCAGCAAUUUCAGCACAAACCAAGGGCACGCUUCACAUCAAUGGAGCUUUUAUAGGGUUGAUCUUGGGAGCCUUUGCCAUUUCAGCAACGUUUGGAGUCAUGAUUUCUUUUGGCGUUCUCGCCAAGUCCCCCACAACAGUUCCAGAAGCACUACGUAUCUAUUAUCUGUUUAACUCUGUACUCUUGUCUGCAAUGUUCAUUGCUUCUGUCAUUGGGAUUGUCACUUGUAGACUUCAGAGAGGAUUUCUGUUUGAUGAUAAAUCCAAGAGCGUGGUAAGAAGUCUGGACAUUACUCUUCUUAUGGGAAGCUCAUGUGGUCCAUUACUGGUAUCUGUGUUCUCCUUGGUGGCAAUCUUCUUCCUGCACAUAGAAGGGAACCUCUAUAUCCUGGAUCUCUGCUUUUCUCUAUGUAAAACCAUCCAGGUUCUUGGUCAGAAUCUCUUUAUUACGGAAGCACUUUACUCUGAGCCAGCACAAACUAAAACGCCAAUGUCAAGUGAUGAUAUGGUCUUAUGUAUGUCCCAGGAUACAGAGACUGAAAACACACAAAAUGGAAUAUGCAUGGUGAACACAGUGUGUGGCCGCAGGUGGUCUUUUUCAGAGAAUGAUGCAAGCCCAAGAAGCUCUAAAACCCUGGUGGACUCAGAUGGACCCAAAAAUGUACAGCCUAGAAACCUUGUGACCGACACUUCUCAUAGCAGACAAAUAGCAAAGGAAGAGAGGAAGGAGUCCUUUUUCAGAACAAGAAGAAAGAUUCUCCAAAACAUUUCAAUUCUUUUAAUCUGUUACAAUAUAUCAGUCUGGAUCCUCUAUGCCUAUGGUACCCGUCCACACUUGGUCAGCCAGAUUGAACAAUCCUUCUAUGGUUUCACUCUCUGGGUGAUCGUAGUAAAGAUCUCUCUUCCUCUGGGGAUCUUCUAUCGCAUGCAUUCUGUGGCCAGUUUAUUUGAAGCGUAUUGUAACAUAUGUGACUCGGCUGCCUACUGAACAAUCUUUGAUUCUCCAACCUUGUCAUUCCUGUGACUGAGCAUUUCAGCAGAAUGACUGACAUCCAUCACAUUUAUACGACGACUGACCAGAAGAAAAGCUCUUUGAUACUGGAGACUGGAUCCUUUCAUGCUGGAGACUGGAUCCUUUCAUGCUGUAUACAGCUCAUCACUCCCAUAACUAUAAAAGUAAAACGGGGGCACCUUUUUGACCUGAGGUUUGUGUAUAGAGGCCUCUCAGAUUUAGGUUGGGGGUGGUAGCUGGUGACUUUAUUAUCUAAACCUACACUUUGUCCAUUUGUUUGAGAAAACGUAACAGAAAACCACACUAUUAGGAUGAAUGCUGUUCAAAUUGUAGCUAAAAAUAUAUCACAUGAAGCUUUAAUAUUGCAAAUCAAUUUAACCACUUCCAUACCAGGCACUUACGCACCUUCCCGCCCAAGCCAAUUUUCAGCUUUCAGC